UUUCUCGUUACGCUCGGAGGGUGAAGCGGCACGCGGCAUCUGCGGUCACCUGUGUGAUGUAAUCAAUGCGGAGGUUAGAAACGUGUCACAGGUGACACGCUGGCUGACAGCAGCGGUGAUCCACACCACGCACAACACGCAACAAGCAGGCGCCACACACAAUAGACACGAGAACAAAAGCCGCGCGCAGCGCUUUAACUGAUUCAUGUUAAUGCGCGAGGACUAGUUUUUUGGCGGAGGGUUACACGGGGACGUUGAAGGCAGUGCUGGUGAGAGCGAGGCGUUAGUGUGUUUUUGUGUUUUCUGAAGCCUCGCAGGAGGAAGAGGAGCGGAGCGAGGCAGACUCUCACUGCGGAGAAAGAGAGAGACCGAGAGAGAGAGGAGUGAAUGGGCACGACUCCGCCAGCUCCUCAGCGGCGCUGCGCCCUUCACGUUAUCCACAGCGAUCGAUCCACCAACUGAGACGUUUCGACCCCCGCGCGGGUCCGUGAGGCUGGCCCGGCCCAGGAGCUCGGCGGAGCGGCGGAACCAGCGUGAUGGGACACGAGUGAGGGAGCAGCCCGGAGCACAGAGCAGCUGCAGCAGCCCCGCGGAGGAACAAACAAGGAAGCGCUGAGCUGAAGCUAACGGCUAAUAGCUGCAGCUAACGGCUAACUGUUGGCUAAUAUCGAUUCUAAUGAGCCAGCGAGGAGCAUGCGAGCUAGCAGGAAGAGCUGACUUGUUGGGGGAUGUCGGGCAGUAAGGCGCUGGGCGGGGGGGCGGGCAGCGGGGCGCGGCGCAGGCGGACCCGGUGCCGGCGCUGCCAGGCCUGCAUGAGGACCGAGUGUGGAGAGUGUCACUUCUGUAAGGACAUGAAGAAGUUCGGAGGACCGGGGAGGAUGAAGCAGUCCUGUCUGCAGAGACAGUGCACAGCGCCCGUGUUGCCUCACACAGCGGUGUGUUUUGCGUGCGGCGAGGCGGGGAAGGAAGACACAGUGGACUCUGAGGAGGAGAAGUUCAGCCUCUGCCUGAUGGAGUGCACCAUCUGCAACGAGAUCAUCCACCCCAGCUGCCUCAAGAUGGGAAAGGCGGACGGGAUCAUCAACGACGAGAUCCCAAACUGCUGGGAGUGUCCCAAGUGCCACAAGGAGGGGAAGACCAGCAAGGACCAGGCGGACGGGUCGGGGAAGCGGCGGCUGGACAACGGGGAGGCGGGGCGCUGGAAGCUGACGGAUGACCCGCCCCCCAAGAAGAAAGCUCCGCCCCCAUUGGAGGAGGCGGCCCGGCCGGAGGGCGGGCACAAGAGGAAGAAGGAGAAGGAGCAGCCAAUGGACAGCGGGCCCAAGAAGAAGAUUAAAGGCGCGCAUGAGAAACGUCUCAAAAAGAAACCCAAACAGGAAGUGGGCGAGUCGAACGGACCCGGUUCUUCCUCUGUGGCGGCGGCAGGAGGCCAGCAGAGCUCGUCCUCCUCCCAGCCAGCAGGGGGCAGCGCGGCGGCGGCCGGAGCGACGUCCAGCGCUGAGCAGCGUUCGCAUCACCGCGAGAAGCUGGAGCGUUUCCGCAGGAUGUGCCUGCUGGAGCGCCGGCCCUCCUCCUCCUCCUCCUCGUCUUCCAGCUCCGAGUCCGACUCGGAGUCCGACUCGGACGGGGGCGGGGCCGACAUGCCGUCACGGGGACGCAAACCCGGUCUGAUGGACCCAGAGGAGGACGACGUUCCGGAGCGGAGCAGGAAGAACUCCGCCUCCCUGCCCCCCCCCUCGCCGCUCUCGUCCAAUCAGAUCCCUCCGUCCUCACUGCACGACGGCUUCGCGGCGAAGCAGCGCAGCAACGGACAGGAAGCGCGCAACGGGCGGACCCGGGGCGGGGCGGGGGGCGGGGAGAAGGAGAACGCCAGCGGCGUUCUGACCAAUCACAGACAUGGCGGCGGAGGGGGCGGAGCCAAAGGCAGCCGCGGCAACAAGAUCCGCAACAACAGCAAGACGCCGAGCCAGAGGAGCGGCGUGUCGUCCUCCAUUCCCACCUCCAACGGGGGGGGCGUGGCCAGCAGCGGCCUGCUGAUGUCGGCCAUGGCGGCGUCGCCGUGCUCGCAGCCGUCCCGCCUGGCGCCGCGCUCCCAGGUGAUGAAGCGCAGCCCCCCCGCCGUGCCCUCGCCCCCCCGGCCCGUCCAGAUGGAGCGGCACCUGGUGCGGCCGCCCCCCGCCUGCCCGGAGCCAAGCUGCCUGCUGCUGGACUGCGGCUCCGCCCACAUCAUGACGCGGGACGUCUGGCUGCGAGUCUUCACCUACCUGAGCCAGCGGGAGCUCUGCGUCUGCAUGAGGGUGUGUCGCACCUGGAGCCGCUGGUGCUGCGACAAGAGGCUGUGGACGCAGAUCGACCUGAGCCGCCAGCGCUCCAUCACCCCCCCGAUGCUGAGCGGCAUCAUCCGGCGGCAGCCCGUCUCCCUCAACCUGGGCUGCACCAACAUCUCCAAGAAGCAGCUGAUGUGGCUCAUCAACCGCCUCCCAGGUCUCCUGGAGCUGAACGUCUCCGGCUGCGCCUGGCCGGCCGUCUCGGCCCUCUGUCAGGCCGUCUGUCCGUGUCUGAAGCUUUUGGACCUCAGCAGAGUGGAAGACCUUAAAGACUCUCACCUGAGGGAGCUGCUGGCCCCCCCACCCGAGUCCCGGACAGCUCCCAGCGAGAGCCGGGCGGGGCGGUUCCAGAACGUGACAGAGCUGCGAUUGGCCGGUUUGGACCUGACGGACGCGUUGUCCCGCCUCCUGGUGCGCCACACCCCCCAGCUGACCCGGCUGGACCUGAGCCACUGCCUGAACGUCGGCGACCAGACGGUCCGCAACCUCACUGUGUCGCCGCUGAGGGAGAGCCUCACUCACCUCAACCUGGCAGGCUGUGUGAAGCUAACUGAACAGUGCGUCCAGCUGCUCCAGUGCUGCUCCGCCCUGCAGACGGUCGACCUGCGCUCCUGCUCCCUCCUCUCCACCGAGUCGGGACAGCUGCUCUCCUUCCCCUUCCUGUCCUCCUCUUCCUCCUCCUCUUCCUCCACCUCCUCCUCCGCCGCCGCCUCCUCUUCCUCGGCCGGCGCCGCCACCGUCGCUGCUAACUCGUCCUCCUCGGCUCUUCCUGACGACAGAACGCUGCUGAAGAACAGCUAAGUCAUGUGACCGCUUUAAGCCCCGCCUCCGCCCGUGUUACACUACAAGCAGGUGAGGAAGAGGAGGAGCAGCUCUUCCUCAGAGGAGACUUGGUGAAACUUGGCAACCCUGAGCAUGUACAUAUUCGUUCCUCUGUACAUUUAUGGGUGUGUGUAUAUACCUGUAGUUUACUGUAAAUGACCUUUGACCUCCCUGAACACUCCCUCCUUUCGACCAAUCACGGCCCCCCUCGUCAGCUGCUGAUUCAGCCACACACACACACACACACACACACACACACCCAGAGCUGCUUCCUGAAACGUUCCAGCUCAACGUUCCUCCACAUUCCCAUCAGAAUCUCUGUGGGUCCGUUCGGACCGGUUCGGACCCGGGCACAGGCCUCCAGUCUGUCCCGGCACCGGGUGUUUGGGCUGACCCUCUACCCUGCCCCUGUGUGUGUGUGUGUGUGUGUGUGUGUGUGUGUGUGUGUGUGUGUGUGUGUGUGUGUUUAAACUGAGCCUCGUCAGCCCCUCCUCCUUGGUUCUGGUCCGAUCGAAUCUUGAUCUCGUGUUAUUUCUCAGGAGUAUUUUUUGUUGACUUUUAAUUUAUUCGGUGCCACAGCAGCACUUCCCGCCGCGGUCUGAGCCGAGCCGGUUCUGGUCUGGUUCAGGGUUCUGCUGCAGCUCGGUCCGGUUGGAAGAAAGGGGACGGAGAAACUUCACAGAGUGACUCAUCUGGGUUUUUAGAGGAUCUUCAUAUCGCUGCUCGUGUGCGCGGCUUUGAGUCUCUGAUCUCUGCGGAGAGGAGGUCCGGUCCGGUCCGGUCCGGUCCGGUCCCAGUCCUGGAUUUAUUCUGGAAAAUGUUGUUCAUCUCCAUCAGAUCAUAUCGGAGCCUUCAUGUCUUUACUUUCUGUUUCCAUUCAUUUUCAGUAUCAAAACAAAUAAAACUAUCAGGAGGAGGGCACCCGAAAACUGGUUCCGACCCGAAAACUGGUUCCGACCCGAAAACUGGUUCUGACCUGAAAACUGGUUCCGACCCGAAAACUGGUUCUGACCUGAAAACUGGUUCUGACCCGAAAACUGGUUCUGAUCCAAAAUGACCAAUUCAUCAGAAUUCCAAAGAUGAUUCCAGCUCUGAACAGAUUCCUGACCUAAAACCAGAUUCUGAAACUCUGAACUAAUUCCUGGCUCUGACCCGGUUCCUGGCUCUGACCCGGUUCCUGGCUCUGACCCGGUUCCUGACUCUGACCCGGUUCCGAAGUCGUUUUCUGCCCGGAUGCAUAAAGGAAUAAUAAUAAUUGAGACAUUUUCUGAUCGUUUCUCAACUGAAGAUGAGUGAAAAGCUGCCAAACCCAGGAAGGCUUCAGGACGGGUCAGAUCAGAACCAGCUCAGAAACUGGAUCAGAACCAGCUCAGAAACUGGAUCAGAGGACGGAGAACUCAACUUUAUUUCUGAGAAAAAAAUGGUGAGCGGUUUAUCACUGAUGGCGCCUGGUUCUGGUUCUGCUGCUCCUCUCUGUGUAUUAAUUCGGAACCGACCCGGCUUGGCCCGGUUCAGUUCUGCAGAGUGUUUGCUGGGGGGCUGAAUGUUGUGGCGCCUCCGGCCUCGUUGUGCCAUAAACGGCAGCAGAUCACAGUUUUAUAUGUUUUAAGUUGUUUUUUACAGUGUGGGAGGGGGGGGGGUCACUUUGCGGGCUUCACCUAGCAACAGGUGAGCAGAUCGAAGCUGAUUGGUUGAACAUAUCAGUUUUGGAUCUUGGUAUAUUCUCGAUGCACUGGAUCAACUCGAUGUUCCCUGCUCCUCUUUUUUUGCCAAAUGUAGUUUUUGUUGUGGAAAAAGGGGCAUUUCCUGUUUCAUUCUGUGUUCGGUUUGUUUUCUAUUUUGUCCGCGAAUCUUCCAACGUGUUGAUGGGAAACGAGGAAGAAGGUGGAACAAACGGUGAAAACAGACAAAAAAAGACCAACUCAAGGCAGCUACGUAUGAAUGACUACUGUACAAUGAUGAAUAAAGAAGCAAUGGGUUCGUUUUUA